CAACACAACAAAAACAGUUUGCAAAAAUGAGUUCAUCAAAAGAUAAAGACGCCAUUUUAGUUCCCACCGUUAGAGAAGUGCAGCAAAAGUUUGCAGAGAUCCUAAGCCAUGGGGAGGAUAUAACUUGGGAUCUACUAACGCAAAAUCAGGGAGAUGUUCUCAAAGAAAAGUUAUCUUUGUUUGAAGCCAAUUCUAACAUGUUUCAUUGGAUUUGGGAUCAAAGAAAAUAUACAAAUGGACAGUCUCUUACCUCCCUAUUUUUUGUGAUGGUUGUGAAUGAUGUGUGCAAUACAAAACUGGCUGACCAAAGCAGAUCCUGGCGUUUAUAUCCCGUUUUUCGUUGUCGGCGUUGUGUUGAAAAAACUGGCCAAUCCAGUAGCAUCGACUGCUGCAUGACGUAUGUGACACAGAACUCAAAAUGUGGAAACUGGAAUGAAUUUCUGCUUUCACCACGAUUUUGCCAUGGUGUAAUGGUGACCCCGAAUCGUGGAGUCUACAAACUGAUCGAUGGUCAAGUUGAGCUAAAAACGUAUUCCAUCUCAGAUCGUGUACUUGGAUAUUUGACAGACCCUACUGAUUACUCCAUAUCGCCCGAAUCUUUGACAAAAGCCUCAAAAACACCAAUUGAUCGGGAAAAAUACAACCCAGGAAGUGCUUUUGGAGUUACCGUAAAAUUGGUUUCAGAAUUUAGCGCUUGUGAACGGAUGCUCAGUUUGCUUUUGAAUCCUAAAAAUGUGCAACAAUCUUGUGAUGCGAUUGAUCUUUCCGAUUCUUUAAUUCUGUUUACGCAUAAUACUAACAAUUUUCGUCUGGCAUCAAAAAUUAUAAAAGAAAAAAAUUGUUCAAGCAUCUUGGCUAAUCAACAAAGAAGCAUUUUUGAUAAGAUUUCCAAGGAAUCCGAACGAAUUGAAGGCAAAGUAGAUCUUAUACGUAGUGCCAAUGGAGUACCCACAAAACUUCAGCUUAAGAAAGUUUUACAAACCAAUCCGGAAAAGAGAAAACAAAGGAAAGAAUCGGAUAAGGAUCCCAAUGCUGUAAAGGAAAACCCCCCAGAAAUUACUACAAUAAAAGUUAAAGAUGAAGAUAUCAACCUGGAAAUCUUUGGCACUGUUCUUAAAGAACACAUUGUAAGCUUGGAAAGUUUCGAAAUUCUGAUAACCAGCAUGUCCGAGCAUUUGGAACCCGAAAUGUUUAAGCUGAUUCUGCAGAUAACGCAAACUUUUGUGGAACACACCAGAGAGGAAAUGUGCCAGCAGCUGAAAUACUAUUUUUCCACCGAAUCCGUUCUUUAUCAGAUUAUUUUGUGUAUUAAAAAACAUUAUCCAAGCUGGAACUUCAAUGAAAUCGAAGAGCAAUCGUCGGAUAUUUUAAGGCGAGUGCGAUAUUAUUUUGCCUCUUCUGACCCCAAUUCUCGAGUUGAAUUUCUGAAGAAGUGUGAUAAGUGUAGCGGUUACUAUGACUUAUUUGAUAGCAGUAAACCGGACUAUUCGAAUUUUUUUUAAGUUGUAUUUUUUUAAAAACAUUUAAAGUCAUUAUUAUUCCCUAAGAAACUCUUUGAAAAAAAUUGUUAAAUAUUUUAAAACUUGUUUCCAAUAUAUCCUAAUGUUCGGCAUUCAAUUAAAAUUAUUAUCCUUACAUAUGAUCUUCUUUUAUACCGAUGCAGAUAUGAACUGUGUAACAUAACUGUAUGAUAUACCUAUUAAU